AUGUUGCUACGAGACGAGCAGGUUCCGUUGCUGCUCAAACGUAAGCAUGUCGUGAGAGGAUAUCGACCUCUUAAUCAACCAAAAUCAUUUUACUUGAAAUCUGCAUUCUCGUCUCAUAAUGAAGUGUUCAAUGUGUGGACCCACUUCAUCCCAGCCAUCAUUCUAUUCUUCGCAUAUCUCAUUCCCGAGCUUCUCUCUCCAUUGCCACGUGUCCCUGUAUUGAUACUCCAAGUUGGGAUUGUCCUACUUUUGAUCGCAUCCUCUAUGGCUCAUCUCAUGCAUUCUCGUUCUGAAUUGGAUCAUGUUUUUUGGUUUCUCAUCGACUUUUCAGGAAUCGCUCUUUUUGGAAUCACAAUUGGUCUCCAACGAUAUAGUUCCAGUGAUCACAUGAGUUUGAUUAUGAAAAUAAUAUACGUUCCUCUUCUUUUGAUCGUUGUUCUCGGGGGUCAAUACUUCUCGACAUGCUACUUGUUCGUGUUCAAACCACAUUACAAACGACGCAUGGAAUUGAGAAUGGGAUCUUGCUUCCUUCUAGCUUGCUGGCUUUACAUCCCACUUCAUUAUAGAUAUCAAGAUCCGGAGAGUGCUGGUGACCCGGCAUUGCCACUUCAUUCAAGAGCUUUCCAAUGGUUGGUCUUCUCUGGAAUCUUCAUGGGAGCUCAUAUUCCAGAACGAUUUGCUCCAGGGUUCUUUGAUAUUGUUGGAUAUGGACAUCAGCUGUUUCAUUUGUGCAUUGACAUGGUCGCCUGGAAUCUUCUGGAUGCUGCUAACCUCGACUGCUCCAGUGACGAAGGUCAUGUCCACCUUCCGAGAAACAUCGUAGCCGUUUCUGCAUUGAUUGCGUCAAUUGGAAUUAUUGGAUUCAAUGUACACCGGAUGAUGCAGAAAGCAAAGACGAAAAGAUACGAUGAAUAA